CGAGUAACAAUGAGCUUACACACGCUUCCAAAUGAUAUUCAAAAUCUGAUAGGACAGUUAACAGAUCGCUUGGAGGACUGGAUCAAAACAAAUCAUGCAGAUGUUCCCAGCAACUUCGAUAGCAGCGAAAGAUUGAAAUCCAAUCCUGAUGCUGACGAAACGAAGGGCCGGUUAAUUGGAGUACUCGAGCAGUUGAAGUGGCUGCUCUACGAACCGACAGAUUAUCUAAAAGAGCUAACCCAAGGGCGGUCUCUUGAUAUCGGAACUGUACGGGCUCUCGUACGCCUAGGCAUUCCGGCCAAAGUUCCCGCAAAUCGAGAUAUUGCCGUCGUAGAGCUUGCUUCUAAAGUCUUCGUAACUGCAAAAGCGCUUACACGACUCCUUUCAUAUGCCGAAACUUUAGGCUUGUUCCGUUUCACUGUGGAAGACAGAAGUCGUGUCGGCCACACCGUUUUCUCGGCCGGUCUCGCCCAGGGAGUCUAUGCCGAGCUGGCUGCUUGGGAUGUGACGGUCCCACCAGCAGCCAGCAUAGAGCUUUCGACUGCUCUCAGGACAUACGGCAGCUGCGAUGGACCAGAAAAAGCAUCUUUCAAGAUUGGCAUGGGAACAGAAGACAACUUUUACCAAUGGCAUAAGAAUAACCCCGUAUAUGCGGACCUGUUUCACAAAGGGAUGGCAAGCGAGCAAGAGGAUCCUCGGACAUCGCCACAACAUAUCGUCAACACAUAUGAUUGGAGUUCUUUCAAUGGAAAAGUCAUUGUCGAUCUUGGUGGCUCCACUGGCCAUGUAUCGAAAUCUAUAAUCAAGGCCCACCCGGAAGUUCAAAUCGUCGUGCAGGAUCAGGCAGAUGUUAUAGCUACAACGAAGCCUACCGAGGGCGUAUCCCUAAGAUUCGUCGCUCACGACUUCUUCGAGGUCCAAACCUACGUCGCCGACGCAUAUAUUUUGCGGUAUAUAUUUCAUAAUUGGACCGACGAAGACUGCGUUCGAAUCCUCAAAGCGCUACGUCCCGCCCUGCGAGAGGGUACGAAACUUUUCGUGAUGGAGCUUGUACAGGAUGGUUAUGCAAUGUCACCCGAGAGUUGGUUUGAAGACCGAAUCAUCAGACGGCGAGACAUGCAGAUGAUGUCUUUCAUCGGAGCAUCGGAACGGACCAUCGACGAUUACGACAAACUUGUGCAUGAUGUAAUUCCAGAAUUCCAGUUUGAAGGCUCUCAUAGACCUGCGGGGAGCUUCGUCGCAAUGUUGGAAUGGACUUUUGUUACGAUGGAAGAUGAGUAG